ACGAGCCUACUCCAUCUUGAUAGACUCAGAACUAGAAGGAGCGCGAUAGGUAAGGAGCGCCAGAUAAGCCAAAUUUUGAAACCCCAAAAUUCCUCCAACGGCUACUUCUUAAACACAAAUAAAUGAAAAAAAUCAUUAAAACAAAUCCAAAAAAUCAAAUUCCCUCUCUUUCUCAAUCUCAACACACACACUCUCUCUCUCUCUGAAAUUUCGAAUUUCAUUUUCUUUUUUGGCUCUCUGCUCUGAGACUCUUGACUCAGAUUCAGACUCUUUCUUUGAGUUCCAUGGCUUCUACUCCAUCGGGCCGACCCGACCGCACAAAGGCAUUUAACCCGACCCGUAAGGUUCGAGUCGUAGCGAAGAUCCGAGGCUUCGCGGACUCCGAGUCAUCAACGGCGCCGUGGAUCUCCGUGAACAAACCAAACGGAGAGAUCUCAGAUAGCGUUACUAUUUCAUUCGGAGACUCCGGAAGUCAUAAAGAGUCCUAUGAAGUCAAUUACUGUUAUGAGCAAAACGAAGACAAUGAUUUGAUAUUCUCAAGGGAGGUAAAGCCCUUGAUUUUUGGGGUUUUUGAAGGAUGUAACUCCACUGUUAUCGCAUGUGGAGCAACAGGGAGCGGAAAGACUUUUGUUAUUCAGGGCUCUGAUGAGAAACCAGGUUUGGCUACACUAGCCAUAGCUGAAAUUCUUUCUAUGGCUGAGCAAAAUGGGAAUUUGGUUACUGUAUCUUUCUAUGAGGUUUAUCAGGAGCAUGUGUAUGAUCUUCUGGAUCCAAAACAGCCAACAGUUUCUAUAUUGGAAGAUAAAGGCAAAAUUCAACAUAAAGGACUUUCUCAGGUUCCCGUCAAAUCUGUUACAGAAUUUCACAAACUACAUGCCAGCAUGUGUGGUUUACGUAAAUCAGUUCAAAAAAUAGCAAGUGAACUUCCUCGCAGGAACCAUAGGGGUUUAAUAAUACAUCUUGUGUCUCCCAGUAAAAAUGAUGACAUUUGUCUUGUAGGCAAGAUGAAUUUCGUUGACUUGGCAGGGUAUGAGGAUGCCAGAAGAAAGAGUGCUAAUGGCCUUAAUCUUGUUGAAAGUACCAAAAUUAAUCGGUCCAUCUAUGCCAUACAUAAUGUUGUUUAUUCACUGAAUGCCAACGAGAGCCAUGUACCUUACCGGGAAAGCAAGCUUACUCACAUGUUAAAAGAUUCUUUGGGUGGGCUGAACAGAAUUUUAAUGAUCACUUGCUUGAACCCAUCCUUUUGCCAAGAUUCUGUGUACAUGGUAAGUUUAGCAUCUCGGUCUUGUCUAGGUAUCAAUCGGGGUGCAAUGGACUCCACAAAGAAAGCCAAAAGUUCAACAAGACCAAUGGUGCCUUCUUCACAUAAGAAGAAUUUUCUACCUGGAAGUGUUUCCACUACUGUGAAGAAACAUACAGCUUCAAAAGUGCAUCUUUCUGAAAAGAAAGCCAAUUGUGUGGCUUCUGCAUUGAAAGGAAGGAAACUAUUUGAUGAAGCUAUUCAUCGGACCACAUCUGAGAAGGCUUUGUUGCAGGCAAGUUCCUUACCUGACAUUGUUUCAACCGUUGAACCAUUGGAGCAGGAAGAGGGAAAGUGCAUUUCAAAUGAUACCAAUGUAACAGUGCUUUCAGAAGUGGAAAAUGAAAAUCCAUUAGCAGUUGUCGUGAAGGAUAUAGAAUCUACUUCUCCAUUGCAAAAGGAAGCUUCCCCACUACCAAUUUCUAGUGCAGUGAAAACUCCAAUACCAAAUAAGGAUUUUCUGGCUAGUGAGGUUUCUCUUUCUGGUGAGGACCAUCAUGAGCAAGAUACUUCCUAUGUCAAUGGCAGCACUAAUGCCUUAUCUUUUGCUGAAGGUGAUGGCAUGGAUAAGGAAAAUCAACAUUUUUUGGCCAAUGAAGGUGUUUCACCACCAAUAAGUUCAAGACUACGAGAAUUAUCAAACAACCUCAAACUACUCUGUUCUUCAACUUCAUCAUAUGAUCAAGUGUCUACUGAAAUUGUGGAACCAAAAACACCAAUAAUGGAACAAAGUAGGACACUUGAUGAUAGAUGGGAUGUUGCAGAUGUCAACAGUCCUUGGGGAACAUUUAGUAUGCGCAGUUCUGGAAUGAAGAAUUCCCUUGUUCAAGAAUAUCUUAGGUUUCUAAAUACAGCUGACAAGGAAGAUUUGAAAAGAUUAAAGGGAAUAGGAGAGAAGAGAGCUACCUAUAUUGUUAAACUUCGUGAAGAAUCUCCUGAGCCCUUAAAGAGUCUUGAUGAUCUAACAAAGGUUGGACUUUCAGCAAAACAGAUAAAGGGAAUGAUGAAAAUGGAGGCUGCGAAGCUUUUUAAUUAGACAAUAUAUAAGAGAUGUUGGAGGUUUCUGUAUUUUCAUGUUCAAUCUGUAGAUUUCCUGUAUUUUGUUUAGGGGCAAUAUUUUAAUUAGCUUUUUAAUGCCUUCAUUUUUUUACUUGAUCUUUUUAAUGUGAUAUUGGAUUACUUUGGGUUCGAAAUUGGUUCUAUGUAAAUUAAAAGAUAAGAAAUUAAAGAAUUUAUUAGUAACUAGACCACUGUUUUAGGUUUGUCUUUCAAAGUGGAAAGUUCUAAAUUGAUAUUUGUACUUACAAAACUUACAAUAUAGAUUAUUGGUGUGCUUCUUCAA